CCGAUUGGGCGCCGCACUCCGGUGGCUGGAGUGUGGCGGUCCGGCCUCCGCGGGCUACUCCGGGUGAAGCCGCCGCGGGCUUCGGAGCGCAGCUGCCUGGGGACGCUCAUCCGUGGCCGGAGUGCCGACUUCCUUCCCCGAUACAGACGCCACCGAUCUUCUCCCGGAUCCUCUUCCUCCGUAACCUGCUGCUUUUCUUUUUCCUUCCUCCCGGCUCCCAUCUCCCUAAUCCGCCUUUUCCUCCCCUGCUCCCGGGGCCCGGAGCCCACCAUCCCCAUCAUCCCACCUGCCAUCCUCCUGGCUUCUUGCCCCUCCUUGACCUCAGAUCCCGUGACCGACGGAGCCCUGUCGUAACCUUCUCACCAAACUCUUCUAAACUCCUUUUCCUUCUCUCUUUGCCAGCUCCUGACUCCUAAAUUCCAGCUAACCCCUGACCUCUUGACCUCUGACUCUAACAUUCUGCACUCCAGACCUUUAAGUUCCCAUCUCCUGCAGCGGGGAACCUGCUGACACGGAGGCCUCCCCCUGAGUUCUGAGCCCGUUUCUGAAGCUAGUUUUCACUUUCUUACUCCUGGGCCACUUCCUGUUACUGCCCCCCCACUAUGGACUUCUUGAUGAGUGGCCUGGCAGCCUGUGGGGCCUGUUUGUUCACCAACCCCCUGGAAGUGGUAAAGACCAGGAUGCAGUUGCAGGGAGAACUGCAGGCCCCCGGCACCUACCAGCGGCACUACCGAAACGUCUUCCAUGCCUUCAUCACCAUCGGCAAGGUGGAUGGCCUGGCUGCCCUGCAGAAGGGACUGGCCCCUGCUCUCUUAUACCAGUUCCUGAUGAAUGGCAUCCGCUUGGGCACCUACGGGCUGGCCGACGCUGGGGGCUACCUGCACACGGCCGAAGGCACCCUCAGCCGUCCCCGCAGCGCCAUGGCUGGGGCCCUGGCGGGGGUCAUGGGAGCCUACUUGGGGAGCCCCAUCUACAUGGUGAAGACACACCUACAGGCACAGGCGACCUCAGAAAUUGCCGUAGGGCACCAGUAUAAGCAUCAGGGCAUGUUUCAGGCGCUAAGUGAGAUUGGCCAGAAACAUGGUCUGGUGGGGUUGUGGCGUGGGGCCCUGGGCGGCCUGCCCCGAGUUAUCGUCGGUUCCUCCACCCAGCUGUGCACCUUCUCGUCCACCAAGGACUUCAUCACUCAGUGGGAGAUAUUUCCUCCCCAGAGCUGGAAGGUGGCGCUGGUGGCUGCCAUGGUGAGUGGCAUCGCGGUGGUGCUGGCCAUGACACCCUUUGAUGUGGCCAGCACAAGGCUCUACAACCAGCCCACCGACGCUCAGGGCAAGGGCCUCAUGUACCGGGGAGUGCUGGACGCCCUGCUGCGGACCGCGCGGACAGAAGGCAUUGUUGGCAUGUACAAGGGUAUAGGUGCCUCCUACUUCCGCCUCGGCCCCCACACCAUCCUUUCCCUCUUCUUCUGGGACCGGUUACGCACCGUCUACUACACGUACACCAAAUGACAACGGCCACUCUUCCACACACCGACUCAGCACUCCUUGGACACUUCUGCCUCCACUCCUAUGUCCUGGCAACUUCUGACCAGGUGACCUUUCGUCCCUCCAAGCGGGACAGCCGACUCCACUUCCCGUCUCUUUUCUCAGGGUUGAGUCACUACAAGGGACAGUCUCCCUCCCUUCCUUGGGUGUCACUUUCAACCUUCCCUCCCCGUCUUCCUGGACACUUCACACCCCCCCUCUCAGGGCUGAACCAGUCACUCCAAAGUAUUCCCUCCUUUUAUUUGGACAGCCGUAGGUCCCUUCUGAUCCUAUUCACAAACUUUUAACUCCCCACUCCAAGACCAAAGGGAACUGGGGGGACCCUGGUGUCUUGUUAGAUGCAAAGGCACAGAGAUAUUAUCUUGGUUAUAAAGCAAGUUUACUUCUGCA